AUUUAUUUAUGUAAGUCAGAUUCUGCGCAACCUAAAUAAACGAGAGCAGGGGAACUGCGGAAGUAAAUCCGAAGGCGGGAAGACGAAACUAGGGCAUAGUUCUCAGUUUCCCAAAUUGAAUUCCAUUUCAAAAUCAACUGAACUGCAGUCUGCAAUUCAUUCAGCUACAAACGCAGUCGAUCGAAGCUCAAAAUGUCUGGCAGAAAAGAAACUGUUCUGGACUUAGCUAAAUUCGUUGACAAGGGUGUUCAAGUCAAACUAACUGGUGGAAGGCUGGUGACUGGAACUUUAAAAGGCUAUGACCAGUUGCUCAAUCUUGUUUUGGAUGAAGCAGUAGAAUUUCUUAGAGAUCCAGAAGAUCCCCUAAAGACAACUGAUCAGACCCGCCGCAUUGGCUUAAUAGUUUGCCGAGGAACUGCUGUUAUGCUCGUUUCCCCAACAGAUGGAACAGAUGAGAUUUCCAAUCCAUUCGUUCAGCCUGAUGGGGCAUAGAUGCUGCAUCCCUACGUGAGAUCCUACUUUUAUAGGAGACUUCAAGAAAUGGGCAUUACUUUGCAACUUCUGGAGUAUGUUUCCCCUACUUCUCUUCUAUCAUUGUCAGAUUUAAUAGUUGUGCCAUGGCAGUGAUGAGAAAUAUGCUUAAAUGUGUUAAUCUUUGUCAGAUUUAGACAAUAUUUGGAUAUUUCACAGUGAACACUAGUAGUUCUACUGCACUGACCCUUAUCUUGAUUCUGUGAUCUGUUAUACAUUCGCAAUAGACAUUGGUAAUCCGGAAACUAUUUGUCCAAA